AUGAAUCGUUUAUUUACUGGUUCUUUUACAAAUGUAAUAAAACGGAUUCCAGCUCUUUAUUUUAAUAAACAAAAAUCAUUCGUACGAAAAUCAACAACUGCAAGUAGUAUCAGUUCAAAUAUUGAUUCAGUCAAAGACUUAUCUCGACCAUUACCUCCAUACCUUUAUAAUGAUCCAUCUGUUUAUCAAUUAGAACGUGAAAAUAUUUUUGCGAAAAAUUGGAUGUAUAUUGGUCGACUUGACAGAUUAAAAAAAUUAGGUGAUUAUUUAUCCAUAACUCUUGCUGGAUAUCCUAUAUUUAUUUAUCGUAGUCCUUUAACAAAUGAAUUAGUUGCUUUUCAUAAUGUUUGUUCACAUCGAGCUGGUCCGAUUGUACCUAUAAAUUCAAAUAAUUAUGGUACUGCUCUUUAUGGAAAUCAAUCUUUAUUGAAAUGUCAAUAUCAUGCGUGGCUAUUUGAUUCUCGUGAUGGUGCAUUGAAAGCUACACCAAAUUUUAGUUACAAAUUUAAAUCAGAUGAGAAAAAAUGUUUAAGUCUGAAAAAAAUUAAUAUUGAAAUUUUUGCUGAACAAUUUAUUUUUGUUAAUCUAAUCGAGAUGAAAGAGAAAUCAUCUAUUUAUACGCUUUUUUCUGAUUUAUUAAAUGAUAUUUUGGCAUUUCCUCUUAAUGAAUAUCGUCAUUUCGAAAGUCAAUGUCAUUUAAUUAAUUGCAAUUGGAAAACCUACGCAGAAAAUUACCAAGAAGGAUAUCAUAUUCAAAGUAUACAUCCAUUACUUAAUAAAACUAUUCAAUCAAAACAAUAUUUAGUUACUAACAAGAAUAAUAUAUAUUCAGUUCAUUAUGCUCCUUCACGUAAUCAUGAAAGUGGUCAAGAGAAAUUUCUCUGGGUUUUUAUUUAUCCUAAUUUAGCCAUUAAUUUAUAUGAACAAGGCUAUAGUAUUGAACAUAUUCUUCCGAUAGGUAAAGAUCGAACUAUAUUAUCUUAUGACUUUUUUGUACGUUCAACUGACGAUGAAUCUCAAAUGAGCGAUCGAAUGGCUGAAGCGAAAGAAGCUAUGAUUAGAACAUUGGAAGUAACUAAUGAGGAUAAAAUGAUUUGUGAGCAAGUUCAAAAUAAUCUUGAUGCGGGAAUAUAUAAACCAGGGUAUUUAUCACCUUCAAUGGAAAAUGGUGUACAAUUUUUUCAAAAUAGAAUUAGAAAUGAAUUAAAACAUACAAAUUUACAAUUGGAAUAA